CCUACUGGUGGUUCCUCCCUGUCUGAUCUUUUCCCCGCUGCUCUUGGAUAUCCUGAUACCGCCAUAGCCUGAAUACUCGCACAUCACGGCCGCGGUUCGACCUCUCAGUGCAGUGUGCAAACCCGGGUGCUGUCCUGAAGCAACGACAUGGGGCUCAUGCCAGGCGACCAUUCUAGUUAUCACUUAGUCUACUACUGCUCGGGACAUGGAUAUGGACAUGCUACGCGAGUGUCCGCCUUCGCGCGUCACUUGCUGAGCCUGGAUCCGCCUCCUACUGUGCACAUUGUCUCGUCUGCACCCAAACAGGUGUUUACAGACAGUGUAGCUGUCGGUGCAUUGUACAGGAACGCAGACAUCGACCCUGUGAUUGUACAGCCAUUAGCGUAUCGUGUCGACCGUCAGAAGAGCGUGGAAGUACUCCAGUCUUUCCUGCGCAAGAAGGACAUGAAGGUCCUAGAAGAAUCACAAUGGCUGAAGGAUAUAGGUGCCGAUUGCGUUCUCAGCGAUGCCGCAUUUCUCGGAUGUCUAGCUGCUCACCAAGCUGGGAUACCUUCCGUCCUGAUCAGCAACUUCUCCUUCGACUCAGUGUACAGUUACCUGUCUACUCCGUUCAUUGAUGCACCGCCUACUCCGGAACCAGACCUCUUCGACGGUCUUCCUGCACAAGUAGCUAUGGCUCUUCCACCGGACAUACCGAUAUCUGAAGAGACCCUGGCACCUCUGGUGGACGAGAUCCUAUCUGGCUUUCGCUGUGCAGACUUGCUACUUAGACUGCCAGGAGCUAUCCCUAUGCCGUCUUUCUCUGUUCUGCCUGGGCUUCCGUCUCCGAGCUGGGUCGACCUCAACACGCGAACCUUCACUGAGGAAGUCAUCACGCAUCUCAAGGAGCCUCCGUCAUCUCAUCUCCUCCAUCCAUGCACGGAGUUUUCCGACCAAUAUGCUUCAAAAUCUCUGCCUCGCACGGCCAUCUCUGCACCUCUGCUAGUUCGCUCGCCCAACCCCUCAGUGUAUACUGCCGAAGGUCGCCGGCGUCUCCUCAACAUCGUCGGGGUACCUCCGUACCUACACAAUCCAGAGCAAAUCAAGAUCCUGGUAGUCUCUUUUGGAGGACAAGUAUUCCGCAAGCCUUCUAGUCGGAUCCACAGUCGCUCUCCCUCGCGCGCAGGCACCCCCGGAGCGUUCGCGUCCGCCAUGACAAAGUCGCUGAACGGCAUCCAGCGAGAAGUAGCCCUGUCCAAACCGUCUGACUUGUCGAAGGAGUACUUCCCUGAUCCAGCUCGACUCGCUGCAGCGCUGCGGUCUACCAGCCUCUUCGAUGGCCCUGCCUCCGUCGCGGCGUCUCCGGGCCUUCCUCCUCCUAAGCCUAUGACCACGGGUCGUGCCUCCUCGCUGAAGAUCCCUGGUGCACCGCCUGUUGCAGUCCCUAUGUCUCCGCCUAACAAGUUUGCUAGCAAGUCUCCUGGAAAGCUGUCUCUUCCAGCACUGCACACCAUCCCGCCCUCUCCGGUGCUGGCAAGGGAGGUCAAAGCCCAAGACACUUACCCUGGCUGGUCGUCUUCUGUGGAAGAAGAAAAUGAAGAGGACCUCCCGCGUCUGCUGCCGGAUGACACCUGGGUCGCUAUUGUCUGUGGCGUGUCGAAGGAAUGGGGAAGGGAGAAUGGCGAGGAGCUUCCUCCGGGUUUCUACGUCGCUCCUCGCGAUAUCUACAUGCCGGAUCUGACUGCGGUGGCGGACGCGCUGUUGGGCAAGCUGGGAUACGGUACAGUAUCGGAGUGCGUAGAUGCCUGCACACCCUUUGUCUAUGUGCCUCGUCCCCUAUUCAUCGAAGAGCACGGCCUCCGCUUGCUCCUGGAAUCAGAGGGUGUAGGCGUUGAACUAUCCAGGAGUUACUACGAGAAGGGCGAGUGGGCCGACGCGGUCCAAGAAGCAUACGUCAGAGGCAGAGACGCGAAAGCCAAGAAACGGCAGGAAGGGGAGACGGGAAAGAGACGGAAGGAAGGCAGGGAGAUGGCAAGAGGUCUCCUAGACUGGCUCGACAGAUGGAAGGCCGGGACACGCGCCAUGGAUCCAGAUCCUCAAGCUGAGGAAGACACCGCGGACAUAGGUCACGAUAACGAAUAGAGGGUUCGCUAGGAUUGCAUGAUUGUUACUUUACACUGUAUCUCUAUUCCCCUGUAGAGCAAGUGUCCCCUUCAAUACGACGUUAUAGACUAGUGUAGAUACCGUAGCUUAUUGCGUUGGUCAAGCAUGUUGUAGAUGAAUUGUAUACCCUCCGUGAAGCCAAGAAAUAUGCAUGUUGACCGUCUGGACAGCCAUCAGUUGCCUCCGUGGAACAAACCAUCGGGAAUGUCACAGCUGCCCAACCUGGGUGGCACAGCAGGAGCCGGCUCCACCAUGAGCUGCAGCAGUCGUCAGCAGACUG